AAAGGCAGGCUGGGAGCUGAUUGGCAGGGAAGACACUGGGAGCAAGGCAGGGCUGACGAGACUGAUAUAGGGCAGGUGUGAAGGUGACAGCAGACUGAGGAAGUAAACUGAGAUAAAGGUAGGGUUCAUGAGGAUGAUGCAGGGCAGGUGUGGAGGGAAAAACGGGCUGGGGAGGAGUGCAGGAAGGAGGAAAACAGAGCAAACAGAAAACCAAAACCCAGAAAACACAAUUAGGCUCAAGAAGGCCCCAAAUGCCAGCAGGCCAAAUGCAAACAAAACACACGGUGCUACUGUACAGAGCUAAAUGAGCUGCAAAAUAACUAAGACAUGCAAACUCAUUCUGAAUCAUGUGAAGGCAAAAGUAUUACUUCAGCUCUGUAUGCUCACAUGUACACAAACUUAAACGUCAGGACAAAGGUUAACUACAAUGAGCAAUAAUAUCUCAAGGGGUCGUUCUGUCCAUCCUCCACUCAGUCCAGACUUCAAGGUAUAGUCAGCAAUUCUAAUUUAAUACAUUUUUUUUUGUCAAAUUCAGUGAAUAUCUCCUCACAGUCUGCUAGCUGUCCGUUCUGUGUAAAUCUGGUGUUAAUACACAGCCCUGGUUCUUUAAAUGGGCAUGUCAACACAGUGGCUCAGAGCAAGCCACACAACACUAUUCCAGCCAAUCAGCAGGGGGUGUUCGUGGUCAUGCACAGGACAAGGGGAAGUCAUGAGAGCAGCUGUGGACCUUUUCCAAAGUAGCCCUACCCACUCCCACUUGUCACGGAGUGCACUCCUGACACAAUAAAUGUAUUUACAUUUUCCUUUAUACAUUUGUAGUCAGAAGUAUAUUUAGCUCCUGCCACUAACAGGGAUAUAACAACCAGAGGUUGUGAACAUUGUUGUCUCUGAUAUGAAGGAUACACAAAAGGACUGUCAAACUAUUAAAAAAUGUAUUAAUGUUCCAUUUGAAAUAAAUUAAACAACUUACUGAAGUUCCUGUACAAACCAGUUUUGUUUAAAUAAAAAACGACACUAAUGUCAAACAUAUAGGUUGACUUAAUCAUAUAUAAUACAACAUAUACAUACACUAUAAUACCAAAAUGACUCCCGAUCCUCUUUGGUUGCAUUUCUCUUCUUUAUAAACAUCCUCUCCUUUUACAUUCUUAUGUUUAUAAGCUGCAUGUUUUUAGCAACAGUCCCUGUAAAUAUACAAUACGUUACAAUCAAAUAGACACGUCUACCGUUUUCUAGACUAGAAAACGGUAUAUUCGAUCUAAAUACAAUGUAUCCUUUAAGUUUUAAACAUCUGCGUGGCAAUAUUAAAUGUCUAUGUUAGUUUGAGCAGUUUACUAUUAAAUGUUUGUACAGGUUGUCACACAGAAGUUAACAUUUGUAUACAGCGCCUCCAUGACGAACACAAUAGGCGUUGCACGUGCCCGCCAUGGCGUUCCAGUCAAAUGUGAUCAGCUCGCAGCCUCAGGUCUCUGUCACACAGUACUCCUCUGGAUUAUCAGAUUGGAGUUCAAAUGUGUGCGACUGUUGUGAAGACUGUGGCAUCUGUCUUUGUGCAUCAUUCGUCCCAUGUAUCCUGGCCUGUAAGGUGGCUCAGGACAACGGGGACAGCUGCUGCUUGCCCUUCCUUCCUGGUGCCAUGAUUGCUCUAAGGACAAGCAUGCGCAGCAGAUACAACAUAGGUGGCUCUGUGUGUGAUGACUGGGUAGUCAUGGCCUGCCUGCCUCUGUGUGGACUGUGUCAGAUGGCACGAGAGCAAAAGAUGAGAGGAUGAGAAAGAAA